GAGAGAGACUGGCUAGCUCAGGGGAGUGUGGAGUGUGAUUCGGGGGUCUUUCCCCUCUAGGGGGCACUGGCUGGGGGAUAGGACAUUCUGCCUUUCCCUGCUUUAACCCCUUCCCCAAGGCUACAUGAGCUCUAGGGGAAUCCCCAUGCCCCAGAGGGGGGCUGGUGCACCCCAGAGACUCUGAUGGGCCUGGGGCACCAUCCCCAUGCUAAGGAGGAUGAGGGAUACUGGGUUCCCCCAGCUCUCUGGCCUGCAUUGUCCAGUCUUACUAUGUGGCAACCCCUCAGCCUGCCCUCUUGCCCCAGGGCUGGAUACAGCACUAGUCGCUCAUGAUGAUAAUACAGAGGCCUCUGCCCCAUCUCCCCUCCCAGAACCAGGGAGAGAAACCAGGAGUCCUGACUCCCUACCCCAUGUUCUAACCACUGGACCACACACACACCCCUCAGGUAGAGAGGGGACAAAAUUCUGGGUUCUAUCCUGGGCUCUGUGGGAAGUGGGGGUCUAGUGGUUAGAUCUGGGCAGGAUCUUUCCCCAGUCAGAGCUGGGCAGUGGAUGGGGGUGGCCCUGCAUACCUAUGGACAUCCCAUUCAUGUCUGGAGGCAUCAGCCAUAGGGGUCCUGGGAUGCUGGGACCCUGGAGACAUUAAUCCUGGUCUCGGCCGGCCCGAGGGCAGCUCAGCCCCUAAUCGGCUCAAGGAGGGGUGAAUGGCUAGUUUGAUGGUGAGGCCUGGAAUCCCAGCUGAUUAAUUGUAUUCAAGUUGCCAAUAAGCUGGAUAAUCGGAGCUGAGUGGCGGGAGUGCCUAAAGCUUUGAGAUGCAGCCUUCUCUCACGCCAUCCCAGCCUAGGAUUUCCCCUGUGGGAGCCCAUGGACUAUGGAUGGAUACUUCCCACCAACCCCAUCUGUCCUGAGUCCCCUCGGCCUUCUCCCCACAAAUUGCAUUAAUCCGCCGUGCCCCAACCCUGUGGGAGACUGAGGCCUGGAUAAGGUGAUAGAUGUGCCUGAUGUCACACAGUAAGGUUGUAAAAUCAGGAAUAGAAUCUACACGUCCUGAUGCCCAGCCCUGCUGCUGUAACCACUAGGAUUCCCUCCCUACCCAGAGCUGAUAGUAAACUUUUUUAUUAUCAUCAUCAUCAUCAUAUUCUUUGCAACUGCCUUGGCUGGUGGAAUGAACUAGGCCAAGGGUGCGUGAGUCAGGGCCUCCCCCAGCCGUCCGUAUCAGUGGAUAGUGCUGGGGAAAGGGCUCUGUGCUUCAAGGAGGUGAAAGGUGACUCCAGGAGCACAAGGUGCUGCCACAAGCCAGCCUGACUCACUGAGUCACCUCCUGCUGGCCAGGGGCUGCUGUCAUGGUCUCAGCUCCUGCCUCCACCCCCAACUUUAACCCCUAGACCCCACUCCUUGCCCCGUGCUGAGGAUAGAACCCAGGAGUCCUGACUCCUAGCCCCUACCCAGAGAGUGGAUUGCACAGUGUGGGGUACCUCACCCUUAGCCUCAGUUUACCUGUUCUUAAUUUCACCCCAUUUUUUCCUCAUUUACCCCCCAUAACACCCUCUUUUCCUGCCCUUCCCCCUGUCUCCAUUAGGAUGGGGCUGGCAUUUGGGAUGAUUCCUUCUGUAGCAGGGCCAUGGCCCUUCAAACCCCCUUUGCAAACAGGAGACCCAGCAGCUGGCAGCCAGAGUUGGAGCUGCCUGCAAAGCGGGUGUGGGGCGCCACCAUGUGUGGCCAGGCAGCAGUGCUGGGCCUGCUGCAGGGUCCAGACCCAGCCCAGAGUAGAGAGGGAAGGGGGAUGGAUUGAUAGACGGGGAUAGGCAGGCAGGUGGAGAGAGUGACCUGAAGAAGAGCCCUGUGAAAGCUUGUCUAUUUCAGGUUUCAGAGUAGCAGCCGUGUUAGUCUGUAUUCGCAAAAAGAAAAAGAGGACUUGUGGCACCUUAGAGACUAACACAUUUCAGCAAGGGAAGUAGAUCUAAAAAGAACUAUUGCUCCAUGUGCCCGUUUGACCCAGAUAGGUGGGCCUGGGCCUAGACAGAUAGUCAUAGGCAGGGGUGGAGGAUGAACCCUGCUUCCAGGAACCCCUGCCCCCCCGAUUAUUCCACCUUUGCCCAGUAGGGGAGUCUCCCCCCGCCCACAGCAAGUGCCCCCGGCGCAUGUAGGAACUGGCAUACCAGGCUAGUUGGGCUCCCACGGCUGACCAGUUCUAUCUGAAAGACUACAACUCCCAGAACCCUUUGCGGCCCACAAGCUCGGCCUCCCGGCCACGACCUGGCCCAUGAUGCUUGGUGGGUGGGGCUGGAGCCGUUGAGUUGAGUCUGUAGCUGUGGUUGCUGGGAGAAUGGCAGCCUGGUCUGGGACUGGGCAACUGCCCCAGGCAAGGGGGCGCUGAGUCAGAGAAGGAGGGGAGCAAGAGAGCUGGGGAGUCAGAUUGCUGGUGGGAUUGGUGGGAACAGGGUAACUGCCUUUAGGCAUUCUAGGGGGGCUGAGGCCGUACAGAGCCCAGGAGCUGGGUGGGAGCAACUAGCAUGGAUCCAGGGGGAGCAGAUUCUCAGCAGCCCCUCCCUAGCGCUCCUGGGAGAGGGAGCCGGAAGUCUGGGAGUCGAAAGAGGCACCAGGACCAGAAUCCAGAUGUCCGUCUGUCCAAAGCCUUAUCCUAUGUUUUGCGUCAUGGAGCAGCCCAGCUGGGGCUGGAGAUGGGUGCUGAUGGGUUCCUAGACGUGGCUGCCCUGCUGAGCCUGCCCCGCUUUAGGGGGGUCUCUGUGGCCGAUGUGCGACACGUCGUGGAGACUAACGAGAAGCGCCGCUUUGCCCUGCGCCCCCACCCUAGUGAUGGGCGCUUGCAGAUCCGUGCCAACCAGGGGCACUCACUGCAGCAGGUGUCAGAGCUAGAGCUGAUCCCACUUCUGGAGCCCACAGCCCUACCCCAGACCAUAGCCCAUGGCACUUACCUGCGGCACUGGCCGGCCAUUUGCCGGGGGGGCCUUUCCCGCAUGGGGCGCAACCAUAUUCACCUAGCACCUGGGCUGCCCGGGGAUGGACCUGUCCUCAGUGGGAUGAGGCAGGACUGUGAUGUGGCUAUAGUGAUUGAUGGGCCCCAAGCACUGGCAGAUGGGAUCCAGUUCUAUCGCUCAGCUAAUGGUGUCAUCCUCACACCGGGUGAUGCUGAAGGCCUCCUGCCUCCCCGGUACUUCCAGAGAGUCCUGCAGCUCCGGCCUGACAGGCGAUUGCUACCCCUUGAGUGACCCACACAGAGUCCAAGGCCAUGGCAUGGAGGAGAAUGAGGCAGGAGAAAGCAGUGUAAAAUAAAAUCCCUAUUGUUCCAUC